CCGGAAGUUGCUGAGUGCAGAGUCUGAACGGGGAAAGCUGUAUGUCCUGGGACCCUCGCAGGUGUCACGGCUCAGUAGUUUAUCUUUAAAACUUACUCUUUUUGGUUCUCGGCCUUCAGAGGGAUUAAUUCCUCCACGUGUUAGGAGUUUGAGGCUCUCGCCCUAGCAAGGCCCUUGCACUCGACUCGUCUGCCUCUGGUUUCCGUGCCGUUCGUUGGUAGAUUCCCGCCCCGGGGGCGAGCUUCCCUCUGAGACUCCAGACCCCUCCACGCUUGGGUCUCCGUCCCCGGCGGGGAACCCAACCCACCCGAGGAGCGAGCGGGAAUGAAGCUGGACGACGCCUCCCCGCCCUCCGAGGGCUCUGCCCGCCCCCUCGAAAAUGCCCUCUCCAAGAUUCUGCACUGUCUUAGCCAGGCGUCAGGCCGGGGCCACGCCAGACCCGCCGUCCUGCACGACCUCAGUGCUUUAAUCGAGGCCGCCGAUGGGGACGAGUUAUUUGCGGGAAGUGGGACUCGGGGGAUGCCCGAGGUCCUGGGACAGGUGGCGAAGGCCCUGGAGAAGUUCGCAGCCCCGCCCCAGGAGAAGGCAGAGGGAGGCGAUGGCCAUUCCGAAGUGCCCGAGAAGGCAACCGAAGUCGGGCUACUGUUUCUCAAGCUGUUGGGGAAGGUGGAAACUGUUGCUAAGAGUUCUCCCGUCUGUCCUGCGUGGAAGACAGGCCUCCGCCACUUGGCGGGACCCGUGUAUGUUUUUGCCAUCACACACAGACUGAAGCAGCCCUGGACCAGUGCAAGGUCUCAGCAGGUGGCUGAUGAGGUGCUGUCCUUACUGCUUCGGGUUACGGAGUGCAGUUCUGUGGCAGGAUUCUUAUGCGGGGAAAAUGAGGAUGACCGAGGGAGAUUUGCUACGGUCUUGGGGCUUCUGAAACCCCAUUUGAAUAAGGAAUCCUGGAAGAAUAAUCCUGCUGUUAAACAUGUUUUCUCAUGGACUCUGCAGCAGGUCACUCAGCCCUGGCUGAGCCAGCACCUGGAGAAGAUACUUCCUCCGUCUUUGCUCAUCUCAGAUGACUAUCAGACCGAGAAUAAAGUCCUGGGUGUGCAGUGCCUCCAUCACAUUGUGAUUAAUGUGCCCGCUGCUGAUUUGCUGCAGUACAACAGAGCCCAGGUCCUAUACCACGCCCUUUUCAACCACUUGUACAUGCCAGAGCACCACCUCAUUCAGGCUGUGCUCCUGUGCCUCCUAGAUUUAUUCCCUGUCCUAGAGAGAGCUCUGCACUGGAAGGGAGAUGCAGCUCGAGCCACUUCACACUGUCAUGACGUACUGCACCUGAUCCUCACCCACAUGGAGCCGGAGCAUCGCCUUCUCUUACGUAGGACAUACGCCAGAAACCUGCCUGCCUUUGUGAAGAAGUUGGGGAUUCUAACUGUCCGGCACAUGAAGAGGCUGGAGCAAGUUAUCAUUGGUUAUCUGGAGGUUUAUGACGGACCAGAAGAAGAAACCAGGUUGAAGAUACUGGAAACCCUGAAACUUGUCAUGCAGUAUACUUGGCCCAGAAUUUCCUGCAGAGUUGUGGUCUUGCUGAAGGCUCUCCUGAAACUGAUAUGCGAUGUAGCAAGGGACACAAGCCUAACAUCUGAGGCCACUAAGAACACCCUGCUCCAGGAAGCCACAGACUGCCUGACUCUUCUUGACCAUUGUUCUCAGGGGCAGGUGAAGGGUCUUCUGUCUAGAAUCGUCCUGUCCUGUGAAGACAGCACAGUGGUGAGCUGCAUCAGUAAAGUGCAGCAGUGCUCUGUAGGUGUCCCUGAGUGACACCUAAGAUGACCAACCAGGACGGAAGGGUGUGGAUGGAGUUAUGAAAAAUCUAUUUUCACACUAAACAUUGUAAGUUGGAACUUCUGUUUCCUUCAGUUUAUAAGGGAAAAAAAUGAAGCUGGGUGGUGGUAGCACAAGCCUUUAAUCCCAGCACUCAGCAGGCAGAGGUGGAUCUGAGUUUGAGGCCAGCCUGGUCUACAGAAAGAGUUACAGAAUAGCCCAGGCUACACAGAAAAAUCCUGUCUCAAAAAACUAAAAAGGAUAAAUUGGGAAGGGAAAAUUUAGGACUUGUAAUUUAGAACCAUUUACACACAGUGUCAGUCCAGCUCCGGGGACUCCUGUCAGCUCCCUGGGCUCAGGCUGUUACAAACAGCACAUGUUACAAAAAUACUCUUUACACUGUAAGGCUCUCUCUUCUCCACUCACUCCCUGGAGUGACAUAAAUAUUAACAAUAUAAAUACUGUAUGAAAUAUAGCACAAAAGAGCACAGUUGGAAGUGUUGACUUUUCAGGAUAAAACGUGAAGGAGACUCAUGUGGUUUUGGCUUUGGCUGUGGGCUCUGUCUCCUGCUCAUACUCUAUCUCCACAUAGGCCCGUUUUUUCCGCAAAGGUCCUUUCAAGGGUGCUUUGCCUUUGUGUUUGGCCUUAAGGGCUUUCUCCUCUUCUUCUUCACUGGAGGAGUCAUCCUGCUCUUCAUCACUGCCAGCAUCCAGUUUAUCCAUAUCCUAAUACGUAGAGAUAGAAGUCAGACAGGGAAGUGCACAGUUUCUCCAGACUCUUUCCUGCUCAACCAGUACAGAACAGAGGAGGGUUUAUCUGCUCCUGUGUUCAGGUUCCCCCUGCUCCCCAAAACAUUCUUUAGUCCACAGAGCUCACCUCAAAAUCACUCAGGUCACUCUCAUCUACAUCAUCGUCUUCUACAAACUCUCUUUUACCCACAUCCUAAGAUAAAACAUAGUUACCAGGUUAGAAAAGAAAAAAAUGAAGACCCAGGUUAGACACAUAGUUUUACCUCUUUUCAUAAAUAAGUGAAUCAGAGUCUUCUAAAUCUAUUACUCUCAAGUUUAACAAUUAUAAAUCAAAAAGAAAAAUUAAGGAUGUAAAAGCCUAUAGUUUAUUGGCUGAACUCUACUAAACCAGAAUUAAUCAUCACAUGAUACAAAAGGGGAGUGGAGAACUGGAGGUUAAGAGCACUGGCUCUUCUUCAAGUCCUGAGUUCAAGUCCCAGCAACCACAUGGUGGCUCACAGCCAUCUGUAAUGAGAUCUGAUGCCCUCUUUUGACAUGCAGGCAGAACACGGUAUAUAUAACAAAUCUUAAAAAAAGGAGGGGGGGGGGAUAAUGUUGCCUCUGAAUUGCAUGAAAACAUGCUGUCCUAAAGAUUACUACAUUUUAAAACGAGACAAACCAUACUUACCUCUUCAUCUUCCUCCUCAUCUUCUUCUUCAUCUUCAGAGUCACUCUCUGCUUCCUGUUUCUCAAGGGCCUUGUCGAAGGCAUGGAUGGGGAAGUUGUAGAUGUCGCCAUACUGAAGAAUAAACAUACACUGCCUUUAA